UGUGGAAGCAGUGCUCACAAUCGCACCAUCAGGAGAGAGCAUUGUCCUGCCUGGUGCUCUGCUCAUCACCCCUGCCAGCAGAGGCAAGGCUACUUCUGUAUUCCACCAGUCAGACGUGAACCACUGGCUCUUAUCAACCUCAAAAAGAAGAAUGAAGAAACCGGGGAAGAAGAACUUGCCGCUCGCUUAGAUCACUGCAAAGCAAAAGCCACCAGGCACAUCUUCCUUAUCCGUCACUCCCAGUAUAAUUUGGAUGGCCGGGCUGAUAAAGACAGAACUCUGACCCCACUGGGUCGAGAGCAGGCUGAACUGACUGGACGCAGGCUGGCAAGCUUGGGAUUAAAAUUUGAUCAGAUUAUCCACUCCUCCAUGACUAGAGCAACUGAAACAACUGAAAUUAUAAGCAAACAUCUCCCAGGAGUUAAAAAAAUCAGUACUGAUCUGCUGAGAGAGGGAGCACCUAUAGAACCAGACCCUCCAGUCUCCCACUGGAAACCAGAAGCUGUGCAGUAUUAUGAAGAUGGAGCUCGAAUCGAGGCUGCUUUUCGGAACUUCAUCCAUAGAGCUGAUGCCAAGCAGGAGGAGGACAGCUACGAGAUCUUCGUGUGCCACGCCAACGUCAUCCGCUACAUCGUGUGCAGAGCACUGCAGUUCCCCCCAGAAGGCUGGCUGCGCCUGUCUCUCAACAACGGCAGCAUCACUCACUUGGUGAUACGUCCCAACGGCAGAGUGGCCCUGCGAACACUGGGUGACACGGGUUUCAUGCCUCCAGACAAAAUCACACGCACCUGAGUGAGCCAAAUGGAUGGAUGGCUGUCCAGGAGCUGCCUCUAGUCUCUUUGCACUAGCACAUUCUGCUACAGUACCACUAGGUUUUUAUUACAUUGGGGUGUGAUGCUGUCUUAAAAUGUCCUUUAGCCCCAUUCCUCCUUCAUAUUCAUAUCUGCCUUUCACUCCAGAAAAGAAGAAACCAUUGUAAGCCUGAACAUGUCCAGUACUUAAGUAUUCCUCAAAACCCAAAGCUGAGCUGUGGGAAUACAGGUUGAAUGUCUGCUCAGCAGUAGCAAGAGCAAUGACUUUUCCCCCACCCUGCUGUGAAUUUCUCUAACCAAAGCUUGCUCCUGUGGGUAUUUUUCUUGUGCAGGAAAGCGAUUGGUGUGGGAACAGCCUUCUAUCACACUGCAGCUAAAACAAAAGGUGAGCCAGCUUGUUCCAGCUCCUGCAGAAGUGACAAACAGGGUAUUCUGCUGUCUUAAGGACAAAGGGAUAAAGCUUCAGUUUUUGUAAGCUGUUGAAGUGUGUAUGUUAAUUUUGUGUCAUUGUUCCCCUCUGCCCCCAAAAAGCCCAUGAAAACUGUGCCUGGAGGUUACGAGCAUAAAUGAAAGAGGGUAAAAAACCAUUUGCCUCAGAGCUGUGGUGCUAGAACUAACUGCUGCUUAUAUCAAGUGUUCCACCAUCCUCAGGAUGUCCUUUAAGAUGUUAAGAAUAUUUUUCAGUCUUGUAAAGCCUUUAACCAAAACAUGGGCUGGAGAGGGCUGUAGGGAUGAGAUUGUAACAGUAAGAUAGGAGGAAAGGAAAGCAGCAAUCUUCUCCAAGUGCUUUCAGUUACUGACAUAUUUUUGAGUGCUCUUUCCCAUUGAUUUGUGUUGGUUGAUACCUUACUUUCAGAGUAGAACAAUACCACCAUGGAGUUCAGGGUAGUGAUGCUGCAGGUUAGAGGUGCUGCAGCACUGGAGCAAAGCACUGUUGCCAGAAUGGUGAGGCAGUGGCCAUGGGACAGCUUGUCUAGGGCAACUGUCUAGAACAGGAAUUGGGCAGAAUGCUCCAAGUGCCUCCUUCAAACAGCUCUGACACUGCUGGGCUUGUGGAAGGGGACAACUCAGAAGCAUUCUGAAGCUUGCUGGGCACCUGAAUCGAUGUAGAAACUUGGUUCAGUUAAUAGGUGGAUGCUUGGGAAAUUUGACCACAUGCAUUGUGUGCCUGGGGGAGAGAACACAGAUUGCAGGACAGCAAGCAGAAGUAGGACAGCAGACAUAACUAACUUGUUUGACAGAUUCUCUGAUCAGUAAGGAUGUUGAUGAGAUUCUGGACAUCUGUCAGAGCUGCAUGAAGCAUAAUCAGGGCACACAACCUACAGAGAAGAGGAUUUAAAGGCUUGAUAAUGAACUGCUUCUACAUCAGGAUACCUUCAAGGAACAGGGACUGGUAGGGAACAAACUGAUUGUUGUGUAGUGUAAGAUGUGGUGAGCAAGAGGAACCCAUCAUGAUGUGUCUCUCAUUGAUGAAAUGAGAAUAAUUUAUCAGUUUUUGUCUAUUAACUUUUUAAAAGUUUUGAAUAAAAUACUUGGUCUAUCUUUCUUUCCUGUCUCUUCAGCUGAAUAGCUGCAUGGGCAGCUGUAGCAAGUGUGGCUGGAGCUCUGCAGGGACUGCUGGUGCAGGACCUGUUGUGUCCCAACAGCUCUUUCACCAACCAUCUGAAAUGUAAAUUUGAAGUGGGAGCCAGAGCAGUGAACUGUCAUCAGCCACAGAGCUGUCCAAGGGGGAACUGCAGUAGCCUAAGCACAGCCAUUUGCAGGGCUGUGUCACCACCACGAGGAACAGGAGCAGCAGCACCUGUAAGAUGAAAAUUCUGUGAUUUUUAUUUUUGUGUGUGUGCACAUGUACCCUCUCACACACGUCUCCCUCUACAUCCCCUGUGUCAAUGAUGGGCAACCAGACACCACAACACCUCUUUGCACAGGUACAGAAAUUAACAAUAGUUUUGGUGACAGUUAAAGUGGGGAUGAAAAGUGUGAAAUUUUAAAUUAUGUCUUUUUUACCAUAGUCUGAGUUCCUGUCUCUUCAACAGUGUAAGACUCUUCUUUGAAGUCUUUGGUGGUAUAGUCCAUUGUCACUGUUCACACACACCGAAGCUGCAGGUAUUGUAUGAGCAAGGCCUGGACAAGCCAGUGAGCUGCCCUGCCAUGCUCAGCUCCUUCUCCCCAUGUCCCAUACUGAACACAGGGUGACACUUUCAGCUAUUCAUUUGAUUUUAAUAGAAAGUGGGAUAUUUCUGUAUUUUUAACAUGACACUUUGCUAAUUAAAAAACAACCAACAAAAACACAACUAAUUUUUUGCACCUUUAAAAGUGAACUUUUGGCCAAGAAAACACAAUUCAAGCACUAUCACUCUGAUUUAAAGUGUCUCCACAGGCUCAGUGUUGAAGGGCUUUCUUCACAAAAUCACAAAUGAUCAAAUUGCUGCAUAAAUUGCUAUUUUUUGUCAUAGCUGAACUAACACAUUGUUAGAAAAAUGACCUCUUAAGUGCAGUACAACGGGACUAAUGCACAUUAUAUAACACAGUUAAAAAUUGCUCUCCUGACUGAACCAAAACAACAUUACAAAGUGAAAGGCAAGGUGUGGGUGUGUGGGUAGAAGGGUGGGUGUGGGGCAUGUCUGCUACAUGUACAUACCAAUAACAUACAUUUGAAUAUUAAAACAAUAAAGCAAAGCAUAAUAAAGGUAAAAAGGACAAAGAACUAGAGUGUUAGUAUCAGUCUCCUGGCUCAGUAAUAAACUCUUAGCAAAAGAGGAGGACCAGGGUGGAGAACAGCAGCUGCACCCACAGCAACUUACCCCAGCAGUUUGGCUCUAACAUGGUAUUAGGCAAUUACAUAAGAUGAUCAAUUUCUCCAGAAUGAUAAACAUAUAAUUUAUAUUAAAUUACUGUAAAAACCCAACCAACCAGCCAAAAAAACCCAAAACCCAAUCUCAAACCUUUUGGAGUAAAAGUGUAGGUAUGCAAGAUUAAAAUAUUUUGAGACCAUGGAGUCUGCCACAUAAAAAUAAAACAAAAACUAUGAAAAAGUCAGUCAAUAUACUUGGUAACAGAAGGUUAUGGUUUUGAUUCUGGGUUUUUUUAAAAACAUGUUUCCUAAAGUAUGACACCCCCAGGCCCCUGGUACUUGUCUGGAAUAUGACUGAAUGAGAAGGAUUUAUGUAAAGUAGCUCUUCUUAAUGUCCAGCUCCAUGGAACUGGACUCAAUUUUAACAAAUGAGCAAAGUAAGCUUUUUUUUUUCAAAUAAUUUCUAAAAGAGGAGUCUCUCCUCCCAUGGAGAGCUACUGCACCAAAUAAUCCAACUUAGAGACAUUAAAAGACGUCCUGUUCAGAAAGCCCAGAGAAAAAACUGUGUUUUAUCUGCCCAUAGUAAGUGGAUGCCACUUUUUUUUAAAAACUUCUAAAAGAACAAAAAAUUCAAUUAAAAAAAUAUAUUACAAAAGGCACUACUGAGCUUGCAGAAGCAUUAAGUGCAGUGUUUAGGUUUGUACCAAUCACGAAGCUGUGAGGGUGCACAGUUUGUGUAGAACAGUCACUGCCGUGUGUGGCCCUGCAGGGGUGGGCCCUGGGGAGGCCGGGCCGGCCCCUCCUGCCCUGCCCUUCCAGCCCUGCCAGCUCUCACUGACUGUGACACCAGCCCAUCCUAAUCCAUCCCUUCUCACCAGCACAGCCCUGCAGAGCUUCCUUUUCUGAUCACAUUUAUCUUCUAACAGUAGACAGCAGAUAAAUAACAGAUAACAGACCAUCUUUCGUUUUUAUUUUUCCUUUUUUUUAACCUAGAGAGCUGUUUCUGGAAUUCUUUCACACAAC